AUUAGAGUCGCAAUGACAGCACCCAUGGAUAGCGAAGAUGGCGCUUAUGGAAAAGCCCUUGCCCUUCAUAAAAAAAUACCUAAUUCCAUUAUUAUGGACCAAUUUUCCAAUCCUUCUAAUCCAUUAUCGCACUACGACACGACAGCGGAAGAAAUAUUACUACCAAUGUGACGGAAAAGUGGAUAUGAUAGUGAUUGGAUGUGGUACCGGGGGAAUUUUAACAGGAAUCGGCAGAAAGUUUAAAGAACUUUCGCCUAAAACUAUAAUCAUAGGGGCCGAUCCCUAUGGCUCACAGUUUGCGGCACCGCCGGAGCUGAACAAAUCAGAUGUAGGAUUUUUCGAAGUCGAAGGUGUAGGUCAUAUGAUUGUACCUACAGUAUGCGAUCAAUCAUUGCCGGAAAAAUGGUACAAAGUGGACGACUAUGAAACUCACACUAUGAGUAGAAGACUGAUUAGGGAAGAAGGAUUAUUAGUAGGCUCUAGCAGUGGAUUGCUACUCGUAGCUGCUAUUAAAGCGAUUAAAGAUUAUAAACUUGGAAAAGGAAAGAGGGUAGUGAUUUUACUAUGUGAUGGUACCAAAAAUUACCUAACCAAAUUUGUUUGUGAUCAGUGGAUGGAACAAAGAAAUCUGUUGCCUUGUGUUAACACUCGCAAUCAUUGGUGGUGGGAUAUUAAUGUUACGGAGUUGUCGUUCAAACCCUGCCGAAAUAUUGCAAAAUCGACCCAUCCGGCCCAAGUCUUAGAUGCUUUUAAACGAGCUGGAUGUUGACUAUUUGCCAGUUGUGGACAAUGGAAUCAUUGUUGGAUUAGCUACACGAAGGAAAAUCACUAACCGCCUUAUAGCAGAAGAUUCACCGAAAGACGAAAUUAAUAAUUGCUUAGAUAGAAUGUUUUCUAAAUUACCCAAAACAAGUUCUCUUGGACUUGUAUCCAGAGUUUUAGAAAUUGAACCUUAUGUCGUGAUUCUGGAAACAGACAACGGAGUUAAUAAAGCAUUAGGAGUAGUAACCGCCGACGACCUUUUACAUUAUAUAAAAAGCAAAAAAGAGUAGAAAUAAUCCAUAAUCAAUAUAAAUUAUGAUAAUUAAGAUACACAUGUAGUAUAAUUUUUAAUAAAUGUAUCACUUUU